CACUAUUCUAGUUUCACGCUACUGUCAUCAGUAAUGAUUAUCCCUCUAAGACUGAGAGCCCUAAAUGUUCAAGUUUAUAGGUAUGUAAAGAAUCCUAUUUCAUCAAGAUUAUGCAAAGAAAACCCACUUUUUGCUACCUUUUCGGCGAGUUCGUCAACCGUAAAUGUCACUCCUCCUAAAAGUCGGAGAUUUCUCCGGAAGUUACUGUUUUUGAGUCUUAUAUCAAUCACUUCAUUUGUUGGCUCAGUUUACGUGUCUGAAACUAUUCGAAAUGAAUUAAUCUCAUACUACCCACCUUCUAAGGACAUACUGAACUGGAUCGAAACUUCAGUUGGAGGUUGGUAUCUUCCUGGUCCAAAAGCUAAACAACCAGUUGUUCCUGUUAGUGAUUUUCCAAUCCCUCCUAAACCAAAACCUGAGUCAACCAGUCCGAUGAAGUCUGUGCCCAUUCCAGAACCCGCUAUUAUAAAGGAAAAAAGUCAUCCUUUACCUACUGUAGAAGAAGUUAGAGAUAUGACAACAAGUAAACGUGAUUAUGCGUCAAUGAUGAGUGUAGAGUUCUAUGAUUUACCCAACGUUGUCAAGAAUGUAGAAAGUAAAGUUGAGGAUGCCAUCAUUAAACUCAGAGAAUUUGAAGAUAUCACUAAGAAAUAUUACAAUGCAUUGCGUACUGCAGUACAAGAUAACAAUCCUAUUUCAAAAGAGAAAAAUUGGGAUAUUGUUGGAAGUUUAGAAAUAAAAAAAGAUAAAAUAGAAGAACAAGUGGAAAAAAUUGUUCAACAAGCUGAACAAAAACUUGACGAACUUCAUUAUACCAUUGAGCAACAUAAAGAUUCAGAACAAGCAGUUGACAGCAAUAUCAUUCCAGAUUCUCUUAAAUCUUACGGAAGAUUACGAUAUGACUUAACUGGAUCAAUCAUUGGGGUAAGAAAACUUCAAAACGAUAUUCAUUUGCUGAAACGUUAUCGUGACUUGGCUUCUUCAUUUCAUGCAAAUUUACAAAAUGAUUUGCAAGCUUUAUCGAAAUAUAUUGAUGCGAAAAGACAAGACAAAAACACUUCUAAAACAAUGAAUGUAGAUGAGUUGAAUGAAUUCAUUUCAGUGGCACAUGAUCGUAUUAAUUCAUUACAAGAUAAAUUGAUACAUUCAGAUCAUAGUGAAAAAGAACGAAUGGAAUCAGCUUUAGGCGAACAACGUCGAUCAUAUGAUAGUCUACGAAAUGAAUAUAUAAAACAAGAAUUAGAUUGUGAACAGACAAGACAUGAAAUUGAAAAGCAUAAAUGGUUACGAGAAGCUCGUGAUGCUAAAGACUAUGAAUUGAAAUUAGCCAAAGCAAAACAUUAUGAAGAUCUUUUACGUGUGUUACAAUUAGAAAAAGAGAAAAUGGAACACGAGUUCACGUAUCGACUACGUGAAGCGUCAGCCAAAGAAAAAGUUGCUUUUGAAGCUGCACUUAUUGGUUGGACUAAACGUAUGGAAGCCAUUGAAGAUGUUGUAGAUGGUAGAGCAGAUCUAGAUCGAUUAGCUAAAGAAGCACAAUCAUUAUGGCUUUCAUGUGAAGCUUUAGCCUCUCGAUUGAAUUCAGUUAGCCCGAUAAUAAAAUCUCACAAUGAAUUAAAUAGUGAUUCAAUUUCACCGAAACAAACUGGAUCUUUAAAAGAUUUCAUUGAUUCUAUUCGUGAAUGCGCUGCUACUGGAAAUUAUCCUUUCAUCAAUGUCAUUUUAGACAAUCUAUCUAAUGAUAUCAUAGAAAAUGGAGUUUGGACAGAAAAUGGAUUGAAAAAGAGAUUUGAAAAGGUAUAUAAAGUAUGCAGAAAUGUUGCAUUAAUCGAUGAGACAAGUGGUUCAUUGUGGGAAUAUGCAUUAUCAUGGUUACAGUCUAUAUUAAUUGUAGAUGUAAAAUAUAAAUGUUUACAAGCAAUAUCACGUAUUAAUCCAAAUAUUAUUAGUAAUCCGCAUAGUCAAGACAUCAUUAAUGGUGUGAAAAAAAUCAAUUCACGACCAGAUUCAUUUUAUUUACUAUCUAAUGCUAAACUUGCUAUGACUAGUGAUCAUAAUAUCCUUGCAGAUGAUGAAGAUAUAUCUAGUAGUAAUAGUAGUAGUGAUAAAGCAUUAGAAACAGCUGUACGAUUAUUAGGUCAAUUACAAGGUCAAUCACGUGUUGUUGCAAAUGAUUGGCUAGUUGAUGCACGACAUUAUUUAGAAGCUAAACAAACUGCUAGAACUUUGUUAGCUUAUGCUGCAGCUCGUGAUAUUUCUACUUUUCAAAGACGUUUAUAAUUGUUGUAUACAGCAUAUAUUAUACUGUUCAAAAUUUGAAAACAACCAUAUAUAUAUGGAACAAUUAUUUCUCUAUUUAUCACAAUCAUUAUUGUCCUUGCUUUACACGAAGCAUUUUUUUUCGUGAAAUUAGUGUUUAAUUUGUGUAUGAAGUGAAUUCUAAGUUGUAAUUAGCUUUGUUUAAAUGUACAUGAAUACAACUAGACAGAAAUACAAUAAAACUCUUUUUUCUUA